GACUGUUCUAUAAAACAAGUAAAGUCGUAAACUUUGUACAAUUUCGUUUGAGAUAUUAAGUGGAACUUGUAGAAAAAAGGACAUAGGAAGAACAUAAAUCUCUCAUUGCUAAAUGCGUCUUUUCGAUAGUUGUUUUGGAAAAAACGAAGAAACAAAAAAAGACUUUUAUGCAUCAGGAAUGGCUGCUAUACGCAAGAAAUUGGUUAUAGUUGGUGAUGGUGCUUGUGGUAAAACUUGUCUACUUAUUGUGUUCAGCAAAGACCAAUUCCCAGAAGUAUAUGUACCAACUGUGUUUGAGAAUUAUGUAGCAGAUAUUGAAGUUGAUGGAAAACAGGUAGAAUUAGCUCUAUGGGAUACAGCUGGACAGGAAGAUUACGACAGACUCCGUCCACUCUCCUACCCAGAUACAGAUGUCAUUCUUAUGUGCUUCUCAAUAGAUAGUCCAGACAGCUUAGAAAAUAUACCAGAAAAAUGGACUCCUGAAGUAAAACACUUCUGCCCAAAUGUACCAAUCAUACUUGUAGGUAAUAAGAAAGAUCUGAGAAAUGAUGAAAAUAUAAAAAGAGAUCUUAUGAAAAUGAAACAGGAGCCUGUUCGACCAGAAGACGGUAGAGCAAUGGCAGAAAAAAUAAAUGCAUAUGGUUACCUUGAAUGUUCAGCCAAAACAAAGGAGGGAGUGAGAGAAGUAUUUGAAACAGCCACCCGGGCAGCUCUACAAACAAAGAAGAAAAAGAAAGGUGGAUGUAUUAUGUUGUAAUAUUUAGAUGUAUUUAACAAUUAACUCUAGAACAAAAUGUGAAGUCUGGCAAAAUGGGAGAUAACUGCCAUGGAAGUGUUUCCUUUUUGCUACUUUUAUCCAUUUUAAGUAAUUUAUUGUUAGUCCUUUGUGAAAAUAUUUUUUUUGUAUUCUUGUGAAUGAUGAAUUAUUUUACUUAGUGUUCUUUGUAUUGCUACAUCAGAGUGAAAAAAAGAAUAUUGGAUCUGAUGGCAAUAUUUUUUAAAUGAGAGGUGAAAUAAAGAGACUAUGAAGAUGACAAAAUUACCUCCAUUUGUUUCAUCUAUGCAUUUUGUGGGGGAGAAAUAGUUACAGCCACCCUUUAAUAUUUGGACAUAGCUUUGGCUUUUUAGACUUCAUUUUUUCUUUUCUUUUAUAAUGAUUUCAUACUAAGUUUUUUCUCUUUAUUUGGUUCUUAGUAACAAGUUGACUUUAUACUGGAGAAAUGUAAUGAAAUUAUUUUUAAUCAGCAAAAGGUAAAGAUUUUUUUGUUGUUGACAUAUUUAUCAUUGUAUUUUCAAAGAGGAUGGGGCAUAAAAGGUAGCAGGAAAAAAGCACACACACAAAAAAAAACAUUUCCCAAAAGGAAAUUCUUCUAGGCAUGCAAUAAAAUGUGCAAUAAUGAUAUGACCAAGUUAUCUUUUUGCUCAUUUGUGAAAUAUUUGAAUGAAAACUUGUUAACUACAAGGAUGCUGUGAUAGGGUCCAACAUUAUCUUCUGUACCUGUUGAUUUGGGAAAAUAAUAUGCUGUAACACAAGUGUUGGUUGAAAUGUUUUCAAUGAAUUUUUUGCUUGGAAAUGGAUAGAAAUAUACACAAAUAUUGGCAUAAUCAUUUGCAGUUGUACCAAUUUUUUGCAUCAUACUAUAUAUUAUUAAUUUAAAAAUAUAAGAGUGCUUUACAUUGUAUAUUAUUUUAGUAUUGUACAGUCAGAAAGUGUUCAGAUUCAUUAGUUUUUUUAUAAUCAGCCUGGAGUUAAAAAGAUGCAAAUAUUAACUGGACAAAAUUGUUGAGAUGUUCUCAUUGAAGAAAAGUCGACUUAGAUGUAAUUAAUUCAAAUGAAUUGAGAUUUGCUGAUGAUGUUUUGAAAUGUGUUGUACAAAAUUAAUUUUUUUUUGAAGAACAUACAGAAAUGAUCUACCAUCAUUUACUAUCCUGGAUGGUGAAAAUUAAAAAUGUAAAUGUUGAUUUUCAAACAUUUAAUUUUUCUAUUUUUUUUUGUUGGUUUGUCAAAAUUUAUAAAUUAUUUAAGAUAUCAAUAUAAUUGCUAUAAUUCUAUCCUUAUCAUUAAACUGUAAUACUGAAUUUAAUAUUUUCAAUAUUAACAAAUUUUUUAGUUUAAAAAAGAUAAAAAUUAUUUAAGAUAGUAAUAACAAAAUUCAUAAAAAAGUAACUUCAGGGAUCAGAACAUCAGAAAAUUGUUCAGGAGCUUGCCUGUGUCUGUGUGCAAAUUGAGUCAAGUUUAAAAACUGAAGGCUGAUGCUGAAAAACUGCUAAAUUUGUAGAUUUUUUUGACUGCAUAGAAAAUUGUAUAGUUUUGAGUUGAUUAAAGAUGUGUUCAAGGGACUGCAUGUACAAGUUUCUGCAGGACAAAGCUUACAAAAUGGUGCUUGUUCAUAUAACACUGCAUGUCUUUUAUUAAGAUGUUUUUUUUUUUAAUUUUAUCAAAAAUUUAAAUGACAGAACAAACAAUAGCUUUAUCUGGUAUAUUAUUAAUUAAAAAUUCAUGUUUAGGACUUUGAAUUGUUUUUAUGUUGUUAUUUUAAAGCAAAGAAGCUAGUAUAGGAAUUUCUUCAAAAUGCUGUUAAAUUUUUUUUAAUAGAAAAAGUUUCCAACAUUUAGUUAAAAAAAAUUAAAAUUUAGUUGACAUUGAUAGAAAAUGACCAGCAUUUAUAGAAUAUUUUCAUAUUACUGACUUUGACUCCGGAUUAUGUAAUUUUACGAAGGGUUACCUACUUUGUGGUAGGACAUCCUGGUACUUGGUCAGGUAAGAGCAACUAAAGAAGUAAAAUCAAGCUUUCAAUUGGUACAAUUUUGGGGGGAAAUUGACUGUUUUAUGUUUUCUAUACAUGACAAAAUCAUCAGAAAAAAGUGAUCUUAACCUCUAAAUUGUACUGAUUGAAAGUUUGAUUUUCCUUUUGUAUGUUGCUCUUACUUGACGGAGUACCAGGAUGUCCUACCACAGAAUAGGUAACCUGUCAAGACAUUGUAUAAUAGGGAGUCAAAAGUCGGUAAUACGAAAAUGGUCUAUUGAAAUUAAGAGUAGUUGGUGCGUCACAUGUAUAAUAUAUUAACAGGAUUCACUAUUACAUCAAGGCUCAAUAUUACAAAUAAAACACAUUUAUAUAAUUUCAUUGCUAAGUAUUUUAUAGUUGUGUAAAUGACAUGUGAAUGCUAUAUUAUAUAUCAUUUCUAACAUUUCAUUGGUAAAGCCUAUAAAAUGAAAUAAAUUGUAAUUUCAUCA